AUGACACCUGAGAUGUCGAAUAUGUUACCAAUGGUCACUGACAAAACACCAGCACGCCAUCUUAAUAGAUCUCUAGAUCUAGGUCAAUCUAAGGCUUACUACAACCCAGCAUCUAAAUCGGUGUAUAACAGAUAUUCGGUUGGAGAUUGGGGAUAUUCUAACAAUACUCACUUUAAUCUGUCGGAAAAAGAACGAGCACAUGGUGAACGUCUCCGAGCUGAUGCAUGGAGAGCCAUCAAGGAAACUGAUGCAAGAACACGCAACAGGCAACAUGAUGUCACCAAACGAUUGGGUGAAAGAGUUUAUGACAUCGCUUACAUGAAAGGUGAACUUAACACAGAAAUUAACCAAAUGGCCACAGAAAUUGAAAAUCUUAAGGAGUAUCGUCGAACACUAGAGAAAGCUUUAGGUGAUACAGCCAAUCCUUUACAAGUAGCUGAAGAAUGUCUGAUGCAUCGUGAAAAAAGACGAGGUAUCGACCUGGUUAACGACGAUGUUGAAAAAAGCCUCAUUAAGGAAGUUGAAAUCAUCAAGAAAUGUCAGAACAAGAUGAGACAAUGUCUUCAAAAAGCCAUGGCACAACUCAAAGUAGACAGGGCUGCACAGCAUGCUUUGGAAGUUGACUCUAAAGAUAAACACCACGCACAGGGACUGGAUGAUAGAAUGCAACAAUUGAGGAAUUCAUCAGGUGGCAUUGGAUAUUUCCCCAGUAUAGAAAAUGUUGAUAAUACAAUCACCAUACCCGAAUCAUGGGGCAGAUAUAGUGAAGAAAACAUCGCCAGAUCUCAGAAAGAACGAGCUGCUUCUGAACGUCUUCGAGGUGAAAUCGAUGCCUUGAUGAGAACAUGCGCAAGUGAGAUGUGGAAUAUUUAUAACAACGUGAAUACCUGUUUCAACACGAGAAUCCACGAGACUACAAACGCCAGAAAUACAUUACAAGCUCAUUUACAAAGAACGGUGCAAGAAAUAUUUGACAUGGAAAGAAAUAUUCAACAACUACGAAAAGCUAUACAAGACAAAGAAAACCCAAUGAAAGUCGCCCAAACUCGACUUGAUGAACGAACCAGAAGAAUUAAUGUUGAAGUUUGUCACGAUCCCGUCAUGAAAUCAUUGAAGAAUGAAGUUGGUGAAAUCCGUGAUUCCAUCACGAUGUUGAAAAGAAGCCUAAAAGCAUCUGAGUUGAGUUUAGCUCGUUUAUUGAAAACCAAAGCUGUCCUCGAACACGACAUUGGUGUCAAAGAAAACUCCUUGAAACUCGACUCCCAGCAUUGUAUGGGCAUGCGAAAGGGCUUCCCUAUGGAUCCCAAAGUCGGCCCAGUCUUUCAGAUGGUUCCAGGAAGUUACUAA